AUGGAUGCAUCAGUGGUCUACGCUGACUUAAACCUAGCCAGGACCCAAGAGCCUAAGCAGGCAUCCCCUCCAGCUCCUCCCCCAGACAGCUGCCGGUGCCCACGCUGGCAUCGGUUGGCUCUGAAACUCGGCUGUGUUGGGUUGAUCCUUCUGGUCCUGACUGUGAUUGGACUCGGUGUCUUAGUAGGAAAAGUCAUUCAAGACAACAAGACGAAAGCAACAGUCGAAAAAUGCAAUGUGAACGUUUCAGAGAGCAGUACGAAGGCAACAGAGAAUUCAGUUCAGCUAACGUGCUCCAACGACUGGCUGCCACACCGAGAGAAAUGCAUACAGUUUUCUCAAGAGACCGGUGUUUGGAAGGAAGGUCUAUCUAACUGCACUAGAAAAGGAGCCACUUUGCUGCUCAUUCAAGACCAAGAAGAACUGAGAUUCGUAAAGAAUUCAAUACAGGAAAGAGGACAUUCAUUUUGGAUUGGACUAAAUUACUCAUUGCCAAACAAGAACUGGAGAUGGAUAAACGGCUCCACUUUAAGUUCUGAUGUACUGAAAAUUACUGGUGAACCUAAAAUAAACAGCUGUGUCGUCGUCUCAAAGGACAACUUGGUUUCUGAGAACUGUGAUUCAGAAAACAAGUGGAUCUGCCAAAAGAAACUAAAACGUCUCUGA